GCGCUGCCUUUCAGUGCCACCUAUCAAUGCCAGUCAGUGCUGCCUAUCAGUGCCAUCAGUGUCGCCUAUCAGUGCCAGUCAGUGCCGCCUAUCAGAGCCACCUAUCAGUGCUGCCUAUCAGUGCCAUAUAUGAGUGCUGCCUUUCAGUGCCCAUCAGUGAUGUCUGGCAAUGCCCAUCAGUACCACCUACCAGUGCCUCCUCAUCAGUGCCCAUCAGUGCAGUCUAUCAGUGCCCACCACUGCAGCCUCAUUAGCGGUUAUCAGUGAAGGAGAAAAAUCACUUAUUUACAAACUUUUAUAA